GCACUGUCAGAGAAACAGCUCCGUUACUGAAAACAUGCGGAGCUGUCGGUAAACGAACAGAUGCGAAUCCGUGUGUUUGUCUCCUCCCUCCCAUCUGAGUCUGAAAGCCGGACUGAAGCCACUGAAAGCGCAUUUACUCUGAACGCUUAGACAGCCAUGAACUUCCCAGACUACGAUGACAGCACCGCAUUCCUGGGAGACUGGGGCCCUUUUCAAAAAACAGUCUUCUUUCUCUUGUGUUUGAGUAUUAUUCCGAAUGGCUUCACGGGUCUAUCCAUGGUUUUCAUGGGCGACACACCCGCUCAUCGCUGUCUCAUCCCCGCAGCUCUGAAUAUCACGGACGAAUGGAGAAACGCGACUAUUCCUCUGGAGGAGGACGAGCAGAACCGGGAUUCUCGUUUCAGUAAAUGUUCUAGACACCGAAUAGACGUCGUGAAAAACUAUUCGGACCGAGGUUUGCUCCCGUGGGUGGAUGUGAAUGUCUCGGAUAUUCCUCGAGAGGGCUGUCUGGACGGCUGGGAGUAUGAUACAGGAACAUACAUCUCCACGAUCGUUUCAGAGUGGGACCUGGUGUGUUCAGAUGACUGGAGGGCUCCGUUGACCUCCUCACUCUUCUUCUGUGGUGUUUUGACUGGUUCAGUGAUGUCUGGGCAGAUGUCGGACAGGUUUGGUCGGAAAAAAGUGCUGUUUGUUACCAUGGGGAUUCAGACGGUAUUCACCUUUAUUCAAGUCUUCUCCCCAUCUUGGCAGAUUUUUUGUUUGUUGUUUUUCAUUGUUGGAAUGGGCCAAAUAUCAAACUAUGUGGCAGCAUUUGUCUUAGGAAUGGAAAUAUUGAGCCCAUCCAUUCGUGACAUUUACUCCACUCUUGGCGUGUGUCUUUUCUUUUCAAUCGGGUACAUGAUGCUUCCAUUGGCUGCCUACUUCUUGCGAGACUGGAGAAUGCUGCUAUUGGCCUUCACAGUUCCUGGUUUCUUCUGCAUGCUGCUUUGGUGGUUUAUUCCAGAGUCUCCGCGAUGGCUGCUGUCUCAGGGGAGGGUCGAUGAGGCAGAGGCCAUUUUGAGAAAGGCUGGCCAGAUGAAUGGGGUGAAGGUCCCUGAUGUCAUUUUCCCCCUAACUCAGACAAGGGAAACUGCUGGAAGGUUGUUGCGGACCUACAGUCUCUGUGACCUGGUGAAGUCCUGCAACAUCUGCUGCAUAACUGUCCUGCUGUGCCUGGUCUGGUCAGCCAUUUCAGUCGGAUACUGUGCCUUGUCUCUGAACACAUCCAGUCUGCAUGGGAAUAUCUACCUGAACUGCCUCUUGUCAGCAGCUGUGGAAGUGCCUGCCCUCAUCAUGGCCUGGCUGAUGCUCCGCCAUUGGCCUAGACGUCUCUGCUUGUCUUCCACCCUGUCAUUAGGAGGACUGGUUCUUCUCUUUAUACACCUCAUACCACAACAUAUGAAUUAUGUUGCCUUUUCACUGGUGAUGCUCGGAAAGUUUGGUCUGUCGGCAGCAUUCUCAAUAAUUUACCCUGCUACUGCAGAGCUUUACCCAACUGUACUGAGGAACACGGCUUUAGGAGCCUGCUCAAUGGCGUCAAGAGUUGGCAGCAUAUCAGCACCAUACUUUCUCUACUUAGGAGGCUAUUACAGAUCUUUGCCUUACAUCUUAAUCGGCAGUGUGAACAUUCUCUCUGGGUUACUCAGUCUUCUGCUUCCAGAGAGUCUAGGAUCACCUUUACCAGAAACUAUCAGUCACAUGCAGACAGUAUCUGGGUUCAGAAAAAGAUAUUCUUCUAACAGUCCAACUGACAGAAAAUCUGAUGAGGAGCACGAGUCUGAACACUUGUAAUGGACUAUUUAGGAUUUUAAAAAGUAUGCAAGAUUAUAAAUCCUUGACUCCAAGGCUGUAACAUGUCUUGCCAUUUAGGGUUGACAUUACAAUGUAAUGGUCCUUUAUGGUUCUAAAUGUUAUAAAGGCCCACAUUUUAAUACAUUUUGUAAUAACUAUUUUUAUGUUAAACUUGGUGAAGUUAAUUUAUGGAAUGGGCUUUGGUCUUAAAUAUGAUAAAGAGUCACAUACAUCAUGUAUAAAAUUUUGGCUUUUGGGAAAACUUGUCAAAUAGAGCUGUUAUUGAGGGGAACAAAAUGGUGAAAAAUGAAAUUAGAUGGAUAUUGAAAAAUAGUUAAACUACAAUUUAUUGGAAAGUAAUUUUUUUAAAUAGUUUUAUUUUAAUAAUCAAUUAUGUCCUAAUAUGUUUUAACCAUGUUCUAGUGUAUGUCUUGUUUAUGUAACUCUUCCACUUUGUAUUUUAUGAGUCAUUCUUAUGCGAAAUCAAUUUACUGAAAGGCUACUCUUAAACUUAAAAUAUUUUUAAAUCACAUUGACAAUUACAAAAGGCACAAACUAAACUUAAAAAAAUAGUAAUUUUAACAACAUACAAAAGUAAUAUGAAAAAUAAGGAGAACAGUUUGGACAUUUCUGAUCACCUCAAUAUAUCACUUUUACUUAAACACUGGAUUGUAAAUUCACUUUAAACUAACCAUUAUUGUACUACAAUAUGUAUUUUUAAACAAUAAAAAUUGAAUGAAAACCA